AUGCGUCCAUUUCUCAGGCGCGCGAAGGGGGUGGUAACGUUCGGUGCGGCGAUUAGCAUAAAACGUGUUGUUCCCAUCAGCCAUCAGCGGCGCUCCAACCUCGGCUGUCGCGGCGACACGUUCCGGCCAGCGUGCGAAGAAACAGUUGGCGGUGGGCGUGGUGUGACGACCGGGCCCCUUACCGACCAGAGCGCUAAGCUGACUGAAGCGUUCAAUAUUCCGGUGCCGCGCCAUUUCACGACGCUGAUCGUCCGCAAAAUUGAAAACUAUUCCGCAGACUGGAAACAUUCAAAUUGCAUCCGAUGGAUGAUAUUCGGCAGCGGCGGCAGCUCAAAGGCGAGCGGCGGCUCUCUCGCCGCACUGUUAUUAUCUCAACACCAUCGCGCUCCACCUAACCCAUUCGCUUUUUUCGCCAGACGCCUCCGUCUCACUCCUUCCGCGCCAGCACGAGAGGGACCCACGCCCGUUUACACUAAACUCGUCUCGAGGGCGUUCCCUCGACGAUUUAUCAUU